AUGCUUCCCACCGUUCAGCUCGGAGCGAAUGGGCCUCGAGUGUCCGCGCAAGGUCUUGGGCUUAUGGGUCUUUCCAUGUUCUACGGAGUCCCUAUGUCAAAUGAGGAUCGAUUGAAGUUUCUCGACAAUGCGCAUGCUCGAGGUGUCACAUUCUGGGAUGCUGCAGACGUUUACGCUGACAAUGAGGACAUUCUCGCCACUUGGUUCAAGAAAAGUGGAAAGCGAAAGGACAUUUUCCUUGCUACCAAGUUUGGUAUUCAGCAGCACCCCGGUCUGCCUUCAACCAUUCACAACGACCCUGAGUAUGUUCGGGAAGCAUGCCUUCGAAGCCGCUCCCGUCUUGGUCUUGUCGAUGGCGACGCUAUUGACCUCUAUUAUUGCCAUCGCAUCGAUCCCGAACAACCCAUCGAAGUGACUGUAAGAGCUAUGCAGCAGCUUGUGGACGAUGGUCUGGUCAAGUACCUUGGCCUGAGCGAGUGUUCCGCCGAUACUCUGCGUCGUGCUCAUCGUAUUCACCCCAUCUCGGCUGUUCAAGUCGAAGUUUCCCCCUUUGCCGUUGACGCGUUUCGCAAUGGGCUUGUCGAUGCAUGCGGCGAACUCGGUGUCGCUAUCGUUCCAUACUCUCCUUUCAGUCGCGGAUUUCUAACCGGAAAGUUCCGAAGCGUCAACGAUUUUGAUGCGAAUGAUCGUCGGCGUAUCCUUCCUCGGUUCUCGGAAGUGAAUUUCCCAAAGAACUUGGCAAUUGUUAACCGCAUGGAAGAGCUUGCUUCCAACAAGAAUUGCUCAGUCGGCCAGCUAACGUUAGCCUGGCUUCGCUCUACAGGGAAAAUGGUCAUUCCUAUUCCGGGCACAACCAAAAUUCCGAAUUUGGAAGAGAAUUUAGGCAGUCUGGACGUUAAGUUGAGCCCGAAGGAUCUUGAAGAUAUCAAUGACGUGAUUCAGGCUGCCGAUGUGCAAGGCGAGCGACAUCCAAAGAGCAUGAUGCCGUAUCUUUAUGUGGACACGGCUCCUCUCACAGAUUAG